AUGUACCAUUUUGCUCCUGUUAAUACAUUUUACGAUGUUGAAGAAUUUAUCAAUAGAGAAAUUGAUAACGAGCGAACUGUCACAAUUCCGGAAGAAGAUUUACUUGCAUCAAAUUCCUUAAAUUCCGAACAAAAGAAUGCUUAUGACUUGAUACUACAAACCUUACUGUCAAAUGAAUCUGGUGCGUUUUUCAUUGACGGUCCUGCUGGUACUGGUAAAACUUUUUUGUAUAAAGCACUUCUAGCUACAAUCAGAUCAAAAAAUAUGAUAGCACUUGCAACUGCAUCAUCGGGUGUUGCUGCAUCAAUCUUACCUGGGGGACGAACAGCACACUCAAGAUUUAAGAUUCCAUUAAAUGUAGAUAAAGAUAGCACUUAUAAUGUCAUCAAACAAGGAAGUCUUGCUAAAUUGUUACGUCUUGCAAAGUUGAUUAUAUGGGAUGAAGCACCUAUGUCUACAAAAUAUUCCAUAGAAGCAUUAGAUAAAAUGUUACGCGACAUAAAUGAUAUAGAUCUCCCUUUUGGUGGCAAAAUUAUUGUUUUUGGUGGAGACUUUAGGCAGGUAUUACCUGUAAUUCGAAAGAGUACAAAAGAACAACAGAUUGAUGCAAGUUUGGCUUCUUCUUACGUAUGGUCUAUCUUGAAAAAAAUCAAAUUAACAGAAAAUAUGAGAGCCAGAUUAGAUCUUGAUUUCUCACGAUAUCUAAUCGAAGUUGGCAAUGGUAAUGCUCCAAUAACAAUUGAUGAAAAUAUCAAGAUUCCAGAACAAAUGAUUAUCCAUUAUAACAAUGAAGUUGAAUCUCUAAAUUCUUUGUUAGACGCUGUUUAUGGAAAUAUGUCAAACUAUUCAAACAAUUUAACAGAGAUGGCAAAUCGAGCUGUGCUAACUCCAAAAAAUCGAUCAGUCGACGAAAUAAAUGCUAUUCUCAUUGACAGAUUGCCUGGCGAUAUAGUACGAUAUUAUAGUUUUGACGAGACAGUUGAUGUAUCUGAACAGGGUUAUGGAAGAUUUUUUAAAUACAUUAACACCGAACGGAUUGCCACCGUAUGA